GCCAGCUGGCAUUUGCACCUACAACAUGGCUUUUGAGAAAAUCAUUGCUGCUGUCGCCUUGGUCAUGGCAAUCUUGAGAACAGGACAAGCAGCGCCAGUGCCCGAUAGCGCAGGAAUAGUCCCGAUGCCCCCUGGCCUUGCCUACGGUGGUAUCCCAUACGGCAGUACGAGCGGUGCGUUGGCGCAUUACGCGCCAGCACAGGCUUAUUACCCGCAAGAUGGCCCACAGGAGUCGGCCCUUGUUGCUACCGACACGGGGACCAUUCCCAUCGUCAGCCCUCUCGUUUAUUAAGAUUUACGAUAAAUUAAACAAGACCGUUGGUCGUGUUCAACUGUUGCGAGUACAUACUUGUCAUUGAUGUCGCGUCUCGCGAACUAUGUCGGUUAUUUUACAUUGGCAUUCGUAUAAAGCUACAAGCAUCAUACUUUAUUGUAAUUUAUAAUUGCGCGUUCGUUCAAACUCCAACUUGUUAUGCAACUUCCUUCCUAUUCGU